CUCGGCCGUGAACGAAGCUGUUGGCCAAAAUAAGCUGCCGCUAACAGCGCUGGGCUCCACUCCCAUAGCUGCAUUGCAUCCAAGAUGCUUCGUUUCUUGAUGAUACGCAGAAGCACCAAGAUAUCGCAGUCGGUUCUGCCGAACAAUCUCCUGCUCACGAUUGUAGCAGCCAUCUUGGCGAUCAACACUAUCAUCACCCUGCUCCUUGAUAUACUCUCAAUCCUGUCACCAGUCAAUGUGGCAACAAGCGCAGAUGGGCUCAGCGUCUAUACAUUGUGCAUGGCAGCCGACCCCAGCAUCAACAGCAUCGUCAGCGGCCUUCAGAUAGGAUUCAACUCUGGAGUAUUUCUGGUUUCGGCAGUGUAUGCCGUCGAGCUGCGAAACUCGAUCUGCUACAGCUAUGAGGUCAAGUGGAUCAUGGCAAGCUCGAGCCUCGUCACGAUGAUCUACCUGCUCUUUGCAGUGUUCACGAAUGUCUUUGUGUCAGCGGGGAUGCGCUUGGCCUUCCACUUUCUGCUUGGCAUAGCACUCGUUCCCCUGGUGGUUCCCGUCUACAUGACCGUCACGUUCGGUCACGAUUCAACAGGCGCGAUCGCCGAGAUCCGAAAGAAUAUGAGCAAAGGCGCUUCAACCGCUACGCAGAGCAGCAGGGUGACCAACAUGGAAAUAGGAUCGGCGGUCAAAUCGCGAACCGACUCGGCAAUUACAACAACGCUCUUCUCGACAGUGAGACUGUCGCGACACAGCCGAGACCUUGAGAGUGGCAAGAGCGAUGUUGGUAUAUUUGACCUCCAUGUGGUGGACAGACGCAUAUUCAUCUUCUCCCCGAGCAGAGCGGGUGCCCGGGAUACUGCAGCAAUCGCUUCAUAUGUGUUUGAGAUUCCUUUUGCUACAGUUACCUUGGGGUUACUUAUUGGCGACCAAUAUGAUGAAAACGACACUAUGGCACCACUCCGUAGUCACAAGCCCGAUGAAUUGCUGACUAUCUCCGAUGCCAAAGUCACUUACAAGGUCGAGAUUGUCCACUCACGCGAGUUGCAGGGCAAAUGAACGGCCUCGAUGGCGGUGUCGUUGCCGGUAGAGCUCACGAUACAGCAUAGAGGCAGCAGAACCGCUCCAUCAAUCGCUGCGAUCGACCUUGAGUUGCGAUAGAAGUAUUGGAGGCAGCUCAGUACUGAUCAAUAUCAAGCCCGUCAC